UCUGCGUAACGUGCGGGCGCCGGAAGUUGGCGCCAACUCAGCCACGAGUUUAUUUGUGUUCCGGGAGUGAGACGGUUUCUCCGUGCUGCGGACUAACAAUGGACACCCAGAAGGACGUGCAGCCCCCGAAGCAGCAGCCAAUGAUCUAUAUCUGUGGAGAAUGUCACACAGAAAAUGAAAUAAAAUCCAGGGAUCCAAUCAGAUGCAGAGAAUGUGGAUACAGAAUAAUGUACAAGAAAAGGACUAAAAGAUUGGUGGUUUUUGACGCUCGAUGAAAUGUGAAUUCAGAGAAACAUAUUCGCUUGUAGUUGAAUUUGCCAUUAAUGUUUUACAUUGUUGUAUAGCUUUUGGUUAGCGUAUUUAUCUUUAUGAAUACAACUACAUAUACACAAUUUCAUCUUAUCUCAUUUUUAAAAUUGUAUUUAGAUAUCUGUUAAUACUUUGUGUAGAGAAAUUUGUGGGGUGUUUUUUAGUUCCAUUACAUGACUUAUAAUUUAGUUUCAUUGUAUAUUUAAUCUGACACAUGGUAAGGUUAGAAUUGCUUUUCCUAAACCAUACUUUUAAUCAAAACCUAGAAUCACUGGGUCUUUUGUUAAAAGUACAGGUUUCUAGGGCACUUUGAGGGUCUGAUUAAGUAUGUUCUUUGGGAACUACUGUCCUCCAUCACCAGUUUACAGAGUUUGCAAACUUUGCAGUGUUAUUUGGUAGUGGGUAUACUAAUGUACUUGAUGUCAGUGUGCAUAUAUCAUUUAGACUUCUGUUUUUCAUGUAUUACCUGAUAUAUAGGACUUUCUGAAUUUCUACAUAAUGCUUGAUUAAGAUCUUGGGAGAGGGAAGAGAAAUUUUAAUCGUUUUUCUCUGUAAGGCAAAAUCAACUCCAAGCAAAGUGAGUGAAGCAGACCGUUAGGUGCAGUUUCCUGAGUAUAGUCAUUCAUUGUGGUCAAAAAUUCUGCUUUCAGAAUAUAAAAAAGAAUGGGGAUUGGUUUACACUGAAUUAUUGGAUAAAUGUUUAAAAUAUUUUGCCUCCAUCUUAAGAACAUGGAAUUGAUUCUCACAUCUGUACUCCAUCUAUUCCAAGAUUUCAUCAUUAUGGAAUGUCAUGUUGGCCUCCUUAACAUUUAUUUUAAAGAUUAGAUAUAUUCCAACUUUUAAUAGCCAUGUCUGUCUCUCUUUAAAAGAGUGCUUCCUUGAUCUAGGCUUUCCUUUAUGAUUUUUAUAAUUUUGUGAUUCUGUUAUGUUCCUUUUUGACCUUAUCCUUUUCACACAAGGGAAUCCUAAUAUAUGUACACUGUCUCCUUAUGACAGCCCCUUAAACAAAUAAACCCCAAGUGUAAUGUAGUUACACUUAACUGUUCUCAUUCAUCCUAGUUCUUUUGUGUAUUCAUCGUUUAUUUGAGUAUCAUUAUUUGUUUAAUUAGGCAGAUUGGUUUAAUGGGAAAAUAUUACAACUGGAACUCAAGACCUAUGUUUUCAGUCAGUCACUUAACCUCUUUGUGCCUCCUUUAAUUUGACCUCUUACCUACUUGGAUAUUUUUAUGAAAAAAAUGAGAAAAUAGAUGUAAAAUUGCUUUAAAAAGAUUCUUUUGAGUAGUACUCUGUAAAUACAAAAAUCAGUACAUUUGAGCUUGAAAUUGAUACAUAACUUGUUCCCUAUAAACUGCUUAACAACAACUGUGAACACUGAAUGGAAAAAAAAAAAAAGUACUGAAUGGAACUUAAAAUUGUAAGGUUCAGCCUUGCCUCUAAUUAGCUUAAUGAUU